AUGCAAGGCUUUGAGCUCCCACAUUCCAACACUGACCCCAUCUAUAACCUGCUGGAGUGUGGGAAUGAACUGGUCCUGCAGAACCAUGGCCACAUGGUCUACAUGACUCGGGGCAACAGUUUCUGUGGGGAUCCAGUGUUGAUGCUCUUGAAGUUGAAGAUGAUAUCUCUUCUAGACUCAAAAGUUCACACACUCCUCCUGACUUGGUUUUUCACACAGCAGGUGACAGGCCUGACUGAUCCUUCCAACCUGGACAUGGCUCCCAAUGCAUUUGAUGAUCAGUAUGAGGGCUGUGUCAAAGACAUGGAGAGAAAAGCACCCCAGCUGUUACAAGAAGACUUCAACAUGAGUAGGGAUUUAAAACCUGAGUGGGAAAAGGCAGAGAAACGAUGGAAGGAGAUAAAAAACACAAUGAGCAAUCCCAAAGGUUUCCAUGACUUCCAUGGAACGGCUUUAGUGGCCUACACUGGGAAAAUCUACGAAGAUUUUAACAGAGCAGUUAGAGAAUUCAGGGGAAAUCCGGGCAACUUCCAUUACAAGGCCUUCCAUUACUACUUGACAAGAGCCCUUCAGCUUCUGAGUAACAAUAAUUGUCACAAUGUUUCUCGAGGCACCAGGAACAAGUUUCAUUACAGUGGGAAGGGCUCUGUGCGGUUUGGGCAGUUCGCUUCCUCGUCUUUGGAAGAGAGAGUAGCUCUUUAUGAAUUUGGUGGUGCGAGUGGGACACUGUUUACCAUCAAAACGUGUUUGGGGGCUAACAUAAGUAAAUUUUCCCACAAACCUAAACAAAAGGAGGUGUUAAUUCCAGGCUAUGAAGUAUAUUCCAAAGUCACCCAAACAUCAAGUGGAAAAGGGUAUGACAAAAUUUCUCUGGACUCCCCCAAAAGAGAGAAGAGCAACUUCAAUUGCUACUAUAGUGGUUCUACUGACAACAGUCAUUUCAGCAGCUCAGGUGAGUCUGGGUCUGUGGUAGAGGUGGAGCUGGUGGGGACAUCAUGA